AUGUCCAGCGAAUCUAGCCUACUCUCUCUGACGGUAGAUGCGCAGCGGUUUCUUCUACACAACGGAUUGAUAAUCAAAAACACUCCGCUUCAGAUAUACGUGUCGGCGCUUCUCUUUAGCCCGACUCGUAGUUUAACGCGCGAUCUUUUUAGAAGAGAGGAGCCACAAUGGGUUCUAACAGGACCUACCGUAGAUAAGCACUGGAGUCCAUUAGUUCGAACGCUCAAGGGCCACAACUAUUCGGUCUGGUCGGUCGCAUUCUCGCCCGAUGGGAAGCUCAUAGCGUCCGGAUCAGCAGACGAGACUAUUAAAGUCUGGGAUGCGGUAACGGGCGAGGUUAAACACACACUCGAGGGCCACAGCGAUGUAGUCUUCUCAGUCGUUUUCUCGUCCGAUGGGAAGCUUAUAGCGUCGGGAUCGGCUGACCAGACUAUCAAGGUCUGGGAUACAGCAACAGGCAAGGUCAAAAACACGCUCGAGGGCCACGGUAAUUGGAUUCGGUCAGUAACGUUCUCGCCUAAUAGGAGACUCAUAGCGUCCGGAUCAGCCGAUAAGACUAUCAAAGUCUGGGACGCGGCAACGGGCGAGGUUAAACACACGCUCGAGGGCCACAGCGAUGUAGUCUUCUCAGUCGUUUUCUCGUCCGAUAGGAAGCUUAUAGCGUCAGGAUCAGCUGACCAUACUAUAAAGGUCUGGGACACAGCAACAGGCAAGGUUAAAAACACACUUAAGGACGAUAAUAAUUGGGUUCAGUCGGUUGCAUUCUCGCCUAAUGGAAAGCUUAUAGCGUCAGGAUCGCACGACGAGACUAUCAAGGUCUGGAACGCGGCCACUGGCGAGGUUCAAUACACACUCGAUGGUCAUAGCGAUGCGGUCUUCUCAGUCGUAUUCUCGUCUGAUGGGAGACUUAUAGCGUCGGGAUCGCACGAUAAGACCAUAAAAGUCUGGGACGUGGCGACCGGCGAGGUCAAAAACACGCUCGAGGGCCACGGCGAUGUGAUCUCGUCGGUCGUAUUUUCGCCUGAUGGGAAGCUUAUAGCGUCGGGAUCGCUCGACGAGUCUAUUAAGGUCUGGGAGGUGGUUAUGGGCGAGGUUAAAGACACGCUCGAUAGCCAUAGCGAUGUAGUCUUCUCGGUCGCAUUCUCGUCUGAUGGGAGACUUAUAGCGUCAGGAUCGCUCGACGAGACUAUUAAGGUCUGGAAUGCGGCCACAGGCGAGGUUAAAUAUACGCUCGAGGGCCACGGUAAUUGGAUCCGGUUAGUCCCAUUCGGUUUCUCUAUGAAGCUUAUGGCGUCAGGAUCGGGCGAAGAGACUAUUAAGGUCCAAGACGCGGUAACAGGCGAGGUUAAAUAUAUGCUUGACCGCUAUGGUAGUUGGAUUCAGUCGGUUGCAUUCUCGCCUAAUGGAAAGCUUAUAGCGUCGGGAUCGCACGAGACUAUCAUAGUCUGGGACGCGGUAAAGGGUGAGGUUAAAUAUACGCUUGAUAACCACGACGAUAUAGUCUUCUCGGUCGUAUUCUCACCCGAUGGGAAGUUUAUAGCGUCGGGAUCGCACGAGACUAUCAUAGUCUGGGACGCGGUAACGGGCGAGGUUGAAUAUACGCUUGAUGGCCACGACGAUAUAGUCUUCUCGGUCGUAUUCUCACCCGAUGGGAAGCUUAUAGCGUCAGGAUCGGCCGAUGAGACUAUCAUAGUCUGGGAUGCGGUAACGGGCGAGGUCAAACACACGCUUGAGGGCCAUGGCAAUUGGGUCCGGUCGGUUGCGUUCUCGCCCGAUGGGAAACUUAUAGCGUCGGGAUCGCUCGAGACUAUCAAGGUCUGGGACGCGGCAUCAGGCGAGGUCAAACAAACGCUCGAGGGCUACCGCGGUGUCUAUUCCGUUUCGUUCGACACUACUGGGCUGUCUCUACUCACCAACAUCGGCUAUAUAAACUUAGAUGCCCUCCACUAUAUCGACGCUAAACGUCCAAUUCAGUCUCAGCCUCAAAAAGCUCGACAGUGUGGGUACAGCCUGAGCCCCGACAAUUCCUGGAUUAUAUGGAAUGGACACAAGGUCUUAUGGCUACCGUCCGAAUACCGACCGUCAGAACGCGCAAGUCCAGCAGCUAUCUGGCAGUCCGUACCAACGUCGACCGUGGCGAGGGUUGCUAUCGGCUGUGACUCGGGAAGAGUUAUUGUCAUCAGCUUCUCAAAAUCGCCGCCUGGCCUCCUUUCAUCCCAGUAUUAA